AUGAAUCAAAACUCUGGGACUAAUCCUACAUCCACCAAUGAACCAUUUCCUUGGCCUGAACGGCUCCUCAGUGUGGUUAUUCCCCUCCACCAUGACUUAUUCACCCACAUAAAUCUCACUCUGGACUUCACUGCCUCUGAGAAGAGUCAGGUCUUAGGCAGAGAUGCUACACUGCUUCAUCCUGUACACCAAAGUCCUAGAACCACAAACACCCUUUAGCCGGAGGAAGAUUUGAGAUUCAAGAAACCAGGAAAAAAAUCUAAACAAAACAAAACUCUGCAUGUGUUGCAUAACUCUGCUCAUCAACAAAUUGUACUGCUAGUUCCAGAGAAACUGACCGCUGGCCUCAGAUAGUAUGGGGCUAUCGAUGUCCAGGCUAAGUUAGCUGAUGGCUUUGAAGGAUUUUUAAAAAGCACAUAUGAGAGUCUUGAUGGUGAAACAAGGAUAAUUGCAGUAAUAGAUUUUGUAAUAACCCAGGCAAGGAUGGACUUCCCCUGUUUUGAGGAACCACUGUUCAAAGACAACGUUUCAAUCAAUAUAAUGAGUAAGAGCAGACACAUUGGACUUUCACAUGCCAAAGCACUUCCAUCUUCAAAAGUUGAAACAAUUGAACUCGAAGGGGGCCUUGUGGAGGACCAGUGCAAAGCUAGCUGUUUUAUUGCCUACAUAGUCUUUGAUUUUGACUCUGUGAGCUGCACAACCUCAUCAGGGGUCAAGAACAUAGAAUCCUUCAGGUAUGUAUCCAGGUAUCUAGAAACCCCCAUAACAUUUUCCACAGUGAUAGAAUCAGAUUAUCCUCCCUGA